CUCAACAAACAAACUGUUUUAGAGGGUUGGGCCGUACGCCGUUUACAGAGUUACUCACGAAACAGAGAGAUACGGAUUUCGAUUUCAUCCAUGCCGAUGACGACGGAGAGCCCUCUUCAUCGGAAAAGGGAUGCUCUCAUGUUUCAGUUAUGGAGAUGUUUUGAUCUAUAUGGAUUUCAGGAUAUACGAAUCAGCAGGAUCUGUAAAUGAUGAGAAACUCAAAUAUUCUCUUGCGUAGUCUUUUAAAUUGUCUUGGGAAGAUUUUGUUUAUGAGAGUAUUAUAAGUCACUGCAUUUUGGUAAGCAGCAUGGAGUUUGCUUCCUAGACGAAGUGACUUAUAAUAAUCUCAUGAAUGGAUUUUGCUACUCUUUAAAGAGAGAGUAGAGAAUGGUGGUCAAUGCGUAAAAAAGAGCAGUGAAGUGGAUUCUUGGCUUUUAGUAUACACUAUCAUCUUUUGCCUUUUAAUGUGGAAUGCUUUUGUGUUACCUCAUGGUGGUACUUAUGGUUGUACACUGUCUUUUCUUGGGUAAGGGAUUAGUGAAGGGGGUAACAAACUAAAUAAAUCCCACGCAUCUUCCACCUUACCAAGCCUUGUAACCUCGCAAGGCUAGUAAAAUGGAAGAUGCUUGGGAUUUAUUUUGUAGUCACUCCUUUCUACAUAGUGUUGCCUAAAUGUUACAAUAUACACCAGGUCUCCGUAGGAACAUAUUCUUUAGAACAAUGAUUCGUUAUCGGUGUCUAUGUCAACAACUUGAUUUAUUUUUUUCUGAAGAACUUGUAACUGUUUUCACAUGCUAUAAGCGAGUCUUCUUUACUCCAACUUCAUGUGGAACAACCUUGUUAAAGGCUAAGUGAUCAACCAAAGUAUAUAUUCCCUAAUGUAUUUGAUGAUAACUCGUGGAAACAAGAGAAACUUUAUGAUAACUCAAACAAACCAAAGCCUGUAAUCUCUCUUUAAACCUCUCUUGUUCUAUCAAGCUCUAUCUUACUCUACAGUUUGGACUAGGCCUAGAGAAGACCACUUCUCUAUAGUCUAUACCUGCUAUAUGUUUCCUGCUUUUGCUCUCUGUAACUAUAAAAAGGUUUUUGGAAAAUGAUGAAACUUGGUUGACUUGUUAUAAUUCUCUACUUCUUGUAAACAAGGUUGGUUUCCAAAUUGUGAUAACUCUCAUUUGCUGAUAGGUAUUUCAUUACGGUUCUGUUUAAUUAAUGACUUCAACUACUUUUUUGUCAGCCUUUUUUUCAAAACUUAUUAACAAAAUUUUGGUAAUAGUUAUGUUUCUUCUGAAUCUCGAGGCAGAUAGAUUUUCAGAUGAAACAGGGUAUUGGUCCAUACCCUUAUGGAAGAAGCAGCAGACAUGCAUGCAAUCACAAACUUCCAUUUCUUAAGUUUCUUUCUCUCAACUCUCUCUACCAUGCAUGUGUAUUAUACCCUUGUAUAAAAAACGUCUCCAUCUAACUAGAACAGAGAAGUAGCCCUCCACAUCUUUUGGCCAGUGCAUGAGAAUGGAACACAUCUACCAAUUCCAACACUGGCUCUUCUUCAUAGUUCUUGGAAUGUUUCUGUCUCUUGCUCUGUCUGUGAAGGCCAAUGAAUUGGAAGGUUCCAGUGAUGAAAGAGGCAUUGCUCUCAGUACAAGAACCUUCAUUUCCAUUUCCAAAAAUCGCACCGCCCUUUCUAGGAAGCUUUUGCUCUCUCCUGACAUUGGCGAUGGGACCAACAGGAUCGGACAAGAUUGCUCAAAAGAUGAUAUUGUUCUCUUUCAAGGCACAACAAACCCACUUCCAAGUGGAGUUCCUGCAUAUACAGUUGAGAUCUUCAACGCCUGUGUCUCGGAAUGCAAUAUCGCGGAGAUCCACGUCAGUUGUGGCUGGUUCAGCUCAGUUAGACUGGUUAACCCUAGAGUUUUCAGGCGACUCUGCUAUGAUGAUUGUCUGGUGAACGACGGUCAACCUCUUGGUCCUGGACAGACACUCUCAUUUCAGUAUGCUAACAGCUUCUCUUACCCCCUCUCUGUUUCUUCAGUCUCUUGCUUCUAAUUCUAGAUAAAUACCAAGUUUGGUAGUUUCUACUAGUUUGUAUGCAAGAAAGACUCAGCUAAUGAGAUAUUUUUUUUCGAACUGUGCUUCAAUUUCAUCAUACCAAGAAUCUUGGAUUGGGUUUGUGUGUU